AUGUUCGAAAACGCAACGCCGGAGAAAGCUAUAGAAUUCACACGGCUCUGCGUGACUCUGAACUGUUGUUGGCCACUACCACCGACCGCCACCAGACUUCAGGUUCUGCGUUUCAACCUCCAAAGAGUCGUAACGGUCCUCAGCGUUUUAACACUUUUCGUCCCGCUGGUGUACUCGAUCUACGUGAACUGGAAUAACAUGAUCAUCCUGACCAAAGUGGUUUGCUUCAUCGAUGCUUUCAGUCAAAUCUUGAUCCAGACGCUUUUCAGCGUUCUUCAUCACGAUCGGACUCAGAGGUUGGUCCAACAAAUGACGGAGUAUUGCGCGAAUGCCAAGUCGUACGAAAGAUCUAUCCUGCAGCAAUACGUCGACAAGUAUUCGAUGUUUUACGGGACUGCUGCCACGUGGUUUUACUCGACCACGAUUAUCUUCGUCGUAGGAACCCUGUUCAUAUCUCAGCCGUUCCCAGUAGACGCGGAAUACCCGUUUCCCGUCGAUUACGAACCUCUGAGGACCACAAUCUUCUUGCACCAUUGUUACGUCGGUUUGCAGUGCGCUGCGAUCGUUUGCACGAACGUGUUCGCCGCGUUGCUUUUGCUUUUCGCGGCGGCGCGGUUCGAAAUUUUAAUGGUGGAGUUUCGCGCCGUACGCGACGUCGAGACAUUGAGACAAUGCGUGAGAAAAUAUUACCGCGUGAGAAGUUACGCGAAGGAAGUGGUCAAUGUUAUUCAAUACACGGCUAUUUGUACGACAUUAAUAGCCACUUUACCACUUGUUUUCUGCGGUCUCAAUAUUAUCGGUCGACAACCACCCUUGGUAAAAGUGCAGUUUGCAGUGAUGGCUGGUACUGCACUGUUGGAAGUUUUCAUGUGCGCGUGGCCGGCUGAUAAUCUGAUGGAAGUGAGCGAGAAGGCUGUCCGAAGCUUCUACGAGUCGACAUGGUACGAUGAUUCGAUGGCAUUGCAAAGGAAUUUAGUGAUGUCGUUGCUGCCUCAGAGGCCGAUAACAAUCAGCCUCGCGUGCUUCAUUCCGGUCAUGUCGUUGAAAUAUUAUUGCUCGUACGUCUCGAAUGCGUUUUCCCUCUUCACUGCAUUGCGGCUCGCGCUGAAUCACGAUGGCUAAAGUUAAUCGGAC